AUGAUGGUCUCUUCGGUUGGUUACUCUUCGUCGUCUCCGAUCGCCGCCGUAUUCUCCGUCGCGCUUCUUCUGUUCUACUUCUCUGAAACUACUCUAGGAGCUCCUUGUCCGAUCAAUGGCUUGCCAAUAGUGAGGAAUAUCAGUGAUCUACCUCAGGAUAACUAUGGAAGACCAGGUCUUUCCCACAUGACUGUUGCUGGAUCGGUAUUGCACGGAAUGAAAGAGGUUGAAAUAUGGCUGCAAACAUUUGCUCCAGGUUCAGAGACACCGAUUCAUAGGCAUUCCUGUGAAGAGGUUUUCAUUGUUCUAAAGGGCAGUGGUACUCUCUAUCUCGCUGAAACACAUGGAAGUUCUCCUGGGAAACCAAUUGAAUUUCCAAUCUUUGCCAACAGUACAGUUCAUAUUCCGAUCAACGAUGCUCAUCAGGUUAAGAACACCGGUCAUGAGGACCUGCAGGCGUUGGUUAUUAUAUCUCGGCCACCGAUUAAAGUCUUCACCUACGAUGACUGGUUUAUGCCCCACACUGCUGCGAGGUUGAAGUUCCCUUACUAUUGGGAUGAGCAAUGCGUCCAAGAAUCUCAAAAAGACGAGCUUUAA